UCGUCGUUGUCGUCAUCAUCGGAUGUAGUUGUAAACGAUUGUCGAACAAAAGACGAACUGUCAGAAUCAAAAAAUUUACUUGACGAAGUAAAUAAGAUAACGUGACGUGUUAAAGGUCAAUUAGAAAGACGAGUGGGAUGUCAUUCACUAAAAUAGGCGUUCACCAUUUUAUCGAGAUCUCAAUUAAGGUUCCGAGUUUGUAAUCUUGGGAAUAAGAACGAUCCUAACCUCUUUGUAUCGUUGUUAAUAUGGGGAACAUGUGCAAUGAUUGUAUGGCCAGAGUGCCUUAUGCAACUCUAAUAGCAACUAUUAUGUGUUGUUUAGGAGUUGGCAUAUUUUGCGGCACUAUGUAUAGAGGUGUUACGAUAUGUUCUCUUAUGAUGGAUCAGGUAUUUCAUUUAAGACUUGGUUGGUUGGAAGCGUUACAAUUGGUUCUUGCUAUAAUAGGAGCUAGCAUGGCUGCUUUAGGCUUUAUGAUUUUAUGCGUUGGUUGUCUUGCGACAGGUGCAACCAGACAUAAAGUAUAUAGAGCAUGGAGAUCUAGAGUAGGAGGUCGUAUUUCUUGCGCUGUUUUUAUGACUAUUACAUAUGUAUCGCAAUUGAUCUGGCUUGUAAUAUUCGCAAUUUUAGUUGUAAUCACACUGUUGUUUACUAUAUUUUGGGGAUUGUGCAGUAAUCCUCGUGUUCAGUCUCUUGAUCAAUGCAUCGAUUUUACUCAAUUCAAUUUUCUAUUCCCAAAUAAUACAAGAGUAGAAGAUAUGAAAGUGUGCGGAUCUCAAGAAGUGAAACUCUUUUGUAAAGAUUUUGUUCAAAAUGCAGAAGUGAUGUUUAUUUUAGCAACAGUUGCUGCUAUACUAGCUAUUUUAAGUUUAACACAUUAUCUCAUGUGUUUAUCUGCCAAUUACGCACACAUUCGUGAUCAUGAAAAAUUCCAAGAAUUGCAAGAACUCCAAUAUCUUCAAGAUCCUGGCGAUCCAGAUUCUCCACAACCUGGAAUGGGAACUUUAAGCUCUCAUCAUCACGCUAAGGAUAGAUUUUAGGAUACAGCCCGCGAGAUCUUCGCUAUGAAUCCAUUAUAACGUUGACUGCUUCUAUCUAUAGAAGCUAUGAAAAUUCAGAACUGGAUAGAUAUACAACUGGAUCGACAACUUUGUUCUAUUAAUCUUUCGUUGUACCUAUUACUCAGUAUUCUACUUAUCGAAUAUUAGUUGCAGUAGUUUACUGAUUCAGAGGAUCUUGCGGGAACACUCUAUGCCGUCCAUUAUCUGCGACUGUCUUGUAAGCAUUUUUUACAUUCUUUACGUUUUUUUUUUUAUAUCGUUUAAUAGUAUAUUAUCAUUUAUUUUAAUUUUAACUUUCCAAUAUUUUAUCAUAAUAAGUAAUCUAUAAAAGAUGCAAUGAAUAUAAUUUCAGAGAGAUAUAAUCUAUAAAUGUUAUAAAAACGGACAAUAUAUUAUUAAGAUUGAAAAAAAUAUAUGCACAAAAUAUGCAUAAAAAUGAAUAGACAUAUCCAAAAAAUAUAUGUCCUAUUUUAUUGUAUUAUAAAUUAUUGCAAGUCACCAUUUUAUUUCGCUACCUUUUCUUUUAUUUUUUUUAUUUGUUAUUAUUUGUGUGUUCAUUAAAUUAGAAUUAUUAUUAUAUAUAUAAUAUAUAUAUAUAUAUAUAAAUAUAUAUAUGUAUAUAUUAUAUAUUGCCUUUAUAAUAAUCAUCUAUUAAUGUAUUAGUUGAUACAAAGCACAAUUCCGAUAAUAAUUAAUAAUAAAAGGACAAUAUAAUUUAUCAUAAAGAAAACUUGGGUGUGCGUGCAUUAUGCAAAAGUGCCAAAUUAUUAAUGGAAAAAUUGAAUUAUUAAAAAAAUAAGUAACACAUGUUUAUUGCAUGUUAAUGUUUUAAAAGAAAAAGAAAAAAGAAGAAAGAAAAUUUUUAAAUAAUAUACAUAUAAAACUAAGUCUGACUGGUGAUAUUUCUUUGCCUACUCAAUUUAUUAAUAUAUUCAUGUGUUCUAAUUUUGAGAAAUAUAUAUUUAUAUGUAUUAUAUUCUAUAAUGAUCUAACUAACAGACUGAUUAUAUGUAUUUCAUAUUCAGUACAAAAUUAUUUUUUAUUAUUACAUUAUGAGUAUAUAAUGUAAAGAGAGCUGCACAUCGAUUUGGUAAAUUAAACUAUAUCAAUUAGUUUUGUUUCUUAUACUUUAUAUAUAUGGUUUAAAAGCACUUGUAUAUUACGAUGUAUUACAAAAAUAAAUAAAAAGAAAAAAAAAAAGGAAAAAGAAAAAUAAAAAAAAAAAGAAGUAAUUAAGUUAAACAUAAUGUAUAAUAAUUUUUGAUAAUUAUAUUCCAAAUAAUCAUCGAUAUAAACAAA